AUGCUAAGUGCUAUUCUAUUUGGAGUUUCCUCAAUUGAUACUGUUCAUAUACUUUCUUUGCAUGGGGCGGUUCCUGAAGUUGCUGCGGCUUUGAUGCCUUUUUGUGAGGUAUAUGGUUCACUAAAUCCCUUGUCAAGCAGUGAAUCUCGAACCAGCGAGGAGCCCUCAGUCUACAUGGUUUUCUCUGCCGCCUUUCUCCUCCUUCUCCGUCUAUGGAAAUUCUAUAAGCCACCGCUUGAAGGAGGAGGAACUAUUGAAGCUGCACUAACUUUGGAGCAUCUUAUGCUUUUACACAACAGUCACAUAUCGUUAGCAUCACAAGAUUUUGCUCCUCAGAAUGAAGUGAACUCCAGUAUGAAUCAGACUUUUUAUGCAUCAGAUGAACCCGUAUAUAUUGAUAACUACCCGAGAUUACGAGCUUGGUAUAAUCAAAACAGAAGUUGUGUAGCUUCACCACUUUCCAAUCUCUGUAGUGGUAGUCCUGUCCAUCAGGUUGCGAACAAAAUUCUUAGUAUGAUUUACUGGAAAAUGACUGGAAGUACCUCCUCAUCUGGUAAUUCUUCAAUGACACUGACAAGCAGCAGCUUGGGUGGGUCCCCAACAUCUGCUGGAGAGGAACCUUAUCAGAGACCUGUGCUUUGUGCAUGGGAAGUGUUGGAAGCAAUACCUUUUGUCCUGGAAGCAAUUUUAACUGCCUGUGCCCAUGGGAAGCUUUCUUCCCGGGACCUGACCACAGGUCUCAGGGACCUUAUUGACUUUCUACCUGCAUCACUAGCCAUUAUUAUUAGCUAUUUCUCUGCAGAAGUCACCCGUGGUAUUUGGGGGCCAGUUCCAAUGAAUGGUAUCGACUGGCCUAGUCCAACACAGACUAUUCGAUCAGUUGAAUCCGAGAUAAAGGAAAUCCUUGCAGCUGCAGGCGUCCAAACACCAAGCUAUUACCCCGGUGUCGCGACAACGCUUCCACUUCCGAUGGCAGCUCUGGUUAGUUUGACCAUCACUUUCAAACUUGACAAGAGCCUCGAGUACCUCCUUGCUGUUGCUGGACCGUCUAUGGAGAACUGCGCAUCAUAUUGCCCUUGGCCUAGCAUCCCCAUAUUUGGUUCCCUGUGGGCGCAAAAGGUUCGACGGUGGCAUAACUUCAUUGUUGUGAUGUGUUCUCAGUCUGUUUUCCGACAAAACAAAGAAGCCCUUGCCCAGCUCGUUAGGAGUUGCUUCACAUCUUUUCUUGGACCACUCGAUGAUUUAAGCAGUCCAUUGACUAAUCAACCUUGCAUAAAUAGGCUGCUGGGCAGCAAGAUUUCAGCCCAUGGUGUUCCUCCCCUCAUGGCUCCGGGAUUUCUUUAUCUACGCUCUUGUAGGUUCGUCCAAGACAAGCAACACCUAAGUGAAACCAUCUUGAGGCUAGUGGUUGAAUAUGGUUCCAAAUUAGCCACCCGAUGGGCCGAGACAAGUUCUUCCCAUUUGAAAUCUGGUCAGGCAUCCUUGUCCAUUGCGGCUGCUCGGAUAAAGGAAGUGGGUUUGUUAGGUGCCAGCCUCUUGGCCUCGGCGGGCGGGUUGCAUCUUGCCCAAGACCUGUUCCGGGGGAUCAUUCCGACCUGGCUCCUCACGAUUCGGGAAGAGAAACAUGGUGAGGAAACUUUUGCAUCCCGCAUGUUUGAGGGAUAUGCAAUGGCAUAUUUCGCGUACCUGAUGGGCACAUUCUUAUUCGGUAGUAGGGUGAAAGCAGCCCCAUGCGCGCAUGCCCGGAGAUCUCGCAUCUUUGGGGUGCACAUGGACUUUAUGGCACGGGUGUUGGUCGGGAACGUGACCCUCGGGUGCGACCCGGUCAGCUGGAAGGCUUAUAUCUCUUGCUUGGUGGGUCUCGUCGUGAGCUUCUCACCGGCGUGGGUUCGAGAAGUGAAGCACGAGACGCUAGUGAGGUUGGCCCGUGGGCUGUGGGGAUGGCACGAAUGCGAGCUGGCCCUUGCUCUUCUUGAAAGAGGGGAUUUGCUACGGUGGGGCCUCUGGCCGAGUUUUUCAGUGUAA